CUCCACCUCUCGCGUGAUUGCCAAUUAGCGUUUAGCGUUUAGCCGCGUGUCUUGUACCUUGCGGUGCCAUCGACCGGCGGGAGCCCGCAUGUUGCCGAGUUGACGCCGUGUGGAAGUCGUCUUCUUCGGGUUGCGCCGCCGCCAUGACCGCUCUGUGUCGCCUGGUUCACAGGACGCUCCUUGUUCUUCCUCCGGGCGGACGCCGGACGUCGUGUCGCGCGCCGGCCGGACGAAGGGACGCGAGCGCGGCCAGCUCGUCCGGCACCAGCUUGGUCAACCUGACGUACGACGUGUUUGACGGGAAGGGGGAAAGCAGCACGCCGCUGGUGUUCCUGCACGGAUUGUUUGGAAGCAAAUCAAACUUUCACUCCAUCGCCAAGUCGCUGGUGCAGCGGACCGGUCGAAAGGUGCUGACCAUUGAUGCUCGUAACCACGGCAACAGCCCCCACAACCCCCAGCUGACGUACGAGGCCAUGAGCAGUGACCUGUCGCACCUUCUCGCUCAGCUGCGCAUCGACAAGUGCGUCCUGAUCGGACACAGCAUGGGCGGCAAGACGGCCAUGACCGCCGCCCUCACGCAGCCGGCGCUGGUGGAGCGGCUGGUGGUGGUCGACAUCAGUCCGGCUCAGAGCAGCACCAGAACCAACUUCCACGCUUACAUCCGUGCCAUGCAGGACGUGGAGAUCCCCGGCGACCUGCCGCGUUCCACCGCCAGACGUAUGGCCGAAGACCAGCUGCGACGCCAAGUGAAGGAGCACUCUGUGCGUCAGUUCCUACUCACAAACCUGGUGGAGCACAACGGUCGUUACGCCUGGAGGGUUAACCUGGACGCCAUCGCGGCUCAUCUUGAUGACAUCAUGAGCUUCCCGAGCUUUGACUCUGCAUAUCAGGGCCCCACGCUCUUCCUGGGCGGAGCCAGUUCUGCGUACAUCAGCUCUGAAGAUUACCCGGAAAUCGAGAGGCUGUUCCCAUGCGCCGACAUCCAGUACAUUCCUGACGCCAGCCACUGGAUCCACGCUGACAAACCGCUAGACUUCAUCAGCUCCAUCAUCUCCUUCCUACAGUCCUAACCUCACUUCCUCCGCCCGCCCGCCAUGAGAUGAGGACUCUGCGAGAACGACCGACGACAGAAGUCAACGUCUUGCUGCUUGUAUCACGGAAAUCGUCCCCAAUACGGUACGGUACUGGAUGCUAACACGCUUGUAUUACUGUUACACUCGCACAUACAUUGAAGCCCCGUUUAUUGUGAGGGAUCUGGGCCAGAUGCACCCGCAAAGGUAUUCCUUCGCACCUGUUGUCCCUUUUUCGCCGACAAGAAAUGGGAGACUCGUAUUGUAUAACAUCCCUUUGAGGAAACGAAAACACAAAAACUCUCUGGCGUGCACCGGUCUCCGAAUAGGAGGGCAAGUGUGCUUCCUUUGAGCCGUUCGGUGCUCUUAAGUUUACCGGAAAACUGAUGCAUAAAACAAAAAAACAGCUAAACAUUGUAUAUUUAAACACAAAUUCGUUCAAACUAGGGCUGCUGCUGUUGAUUAUUGUUUUGAUUAAUCCGAUUUUAAAAAAAUUAUUACUUUCCAUCACUUUAUUCAAAAAGAGGACAUUGUUCCAAAUUGACGGGCAGCUAACGCAUAAACAUGGAUUGUGAUGCAGUUGUUUCUGUCAGUAAAAAUGUUGAUCAUUGUAAAAGCAGAUGUUUGCAAAGAUAUUCGAAAAUGAGCAUAGAUAUCAUGCUAAUCCUCCAACUUUAACCCACAUACAAGCAGAGUAUACAACAAUACUCGCAGGCAUAUAUUCCCCCUGCGACGUGGGAAGAACCAAUAUUCCAACACGAAACGCGCUACUGCAUUACGCUCAGCUAUUCCUUUUCCUGCUGUUAAUUGGGCUGCGUAGAGCUCAGUGCUGCCUGGAAUGUUGUGGCCCAAUGUGUUAAGUACUACACUGAAGGUGUGCAGCGCUAAUUUGGGACUUUGUACAGUAUCCUGAGAAAA